GUCAGUAGACAGUGGAACAGAGAAGGCGAGGGUUUCUGACACUUCUUCCCUAAUCUCUUUUUUUUUCUUCCCAAAUUCUUCGAAAUCUCUUUUGUUUCCAACAUCUAGUGAGCUGAAUUGGAAAGGGGAUCGAGCGAUUUUAUCUUUCGUUUCCAGUUUAAUGGCGAGUUGUCGUCGAAGAAAAUCCGAAGCGGAUGCAGGAAUGGAUGCAAUAAGUGAACUGCCAGCGGAAGUGAAGGAAAGGAUUUUGGAGUGCUUGCCUAUUCGAGACGCGGCCAGAACUGCUCUGCUCUCAACUCACUGGAAUCAUGUUUGGUUGCGGCAUGCCCAGCUUGUGUUUGAUAAGGACUUCUUCGAAUGCUUCUCAAAGUACGAAUUUGUUGUAAAGGGAUCACUAAUUUUGAGAUCAGCAGUCCAAAACUUGAAAGCUUGAAGGUUAUUGGUGCUCUGAGUUGGAGGCUUGAUGAAUCCAGAUGGUUUACCCUUUAUUUGAGAACAAUUAAGACUCUUUGCUUGAUUGCCAGUUUGUUGCCUUGUAAAGAUGCAGAAAUAGCAACAGUGACAUUCCCAACGGCAAUAAAUUUGCGAGUGAUUGAGCUGUAUGAUUUAAGUGUUGCAUGUGCAGAGCAGCUUGCCUUUGUUUUGCAGUUGCUUCAACAUUCCCCCAACCUAUGCGAGCUGAAGAUUACGGCAUUAAAUGCUCAGUGUAUGUGUGAUAUUACAACGGGUACAAGACUUUUGGAGGAUCCAAACAGUUGCAUUUUAAAGCAAGAUCUGAAGAUUCUUAACACAGUCAUGAUUGAAGGGUUUAGUGGAUCUAUACCCGAAAAGCUUUUUGUGAAAAUGCUGCUCUCGAAAUCCCCUGCACUAGAGAGAUUUUUAAUUAUGGAAUAUGUUGAUAUUGAUACCUCCGAAGCUGAGUUUUCCUCGUACAUCUCCGAAAGCCUAAAGGAGUUGUUGCGUUUUCCUCGUGCAUCUCCGAAAGCCCAGAUUGUUUGCGUGGAACACGACGACACCGUGAUUGGACUAUUUGAUUAUAUAUGGUUUUAACCUUUUAGGAAUUUAGUAUGAUGAAGCUCCAUGGGUUCAGUUUGGAUGCAACAUAGAUCUGCAAUGCCAUGUUUGUGGUGGAAGUUGAAAUAUUAAUCUUGUAAGAUGAGGAUGGUACCUUGUUUCCUAUGUUGUUCAGUAAGUAUUAUGUUGUUAAAUAUUUUGAAUUACGAACAACUCAGUUGGUACUUACGUCGUGGUAGAUUGAAGGUUAUGAUGGACUUAACUUUUAUGAGGGUGAAGUAUUUUGAAUCCGCAAGCAGGAGACUCUCCAAGAAUGUUUCUCUUUUUGCUUCUGUUAGUUGUACUAGAUUUUUACAUAUGCAAGUGCUUCUUAUGACUUCAUUUAUAAUUA